GUCGCUAAACAGUUUCGAUGCUUAUUUAGUCACAAAAGUUGGAAAACCAGCGAAAUUAAAUUGGGGGAAAUUGGAAUGCACUUCCUUUUUUCUUGUGUUUUUGCGGGUGAAGACAAAACUUUAUCAGGAGCAGAGCGAUGGCUGCGAAAAAAGCAGUGUCAUUUUCUUUGAAGACGGAAUCCUACAAGAUGCAAGUUGAGCGUCACUGGCCAACUAAAGGUCGUCACAUUUUGGCCCAGUAUGAUGAAGAGGAGAUAAUCGUGUACCAAGCAUUUUGCCCGGAAAUUGCAGAUUACGCAGUUUCAAAUCAGAGAUUUGGAGGACCCAAGUACAGUUUCACUCGUAUGUCGUGGAUUAAGACCAACUUUCUCUGGAUGAUGUAUCGCUGCGGUUGGGCCAGCAAACCUGGCCAGGAGAAGGUCUUGGCAAUUCACAUUCCAAGAACGGCCUUCGACACCAUCUUAUCUCAGGCGUACACUGCUCAUGCUCAGAAGGAAGCUGGAAAGACGGAUGUCGCCGUCCGCCUCCAGUGGGACCCAGACCACGCCCCUGAUGGGGGCAAGGCGGAGCGAAAGGCCAUUCAACUUGGUCUUCGAGGGGAGAUCUUAAAGUCAUUUGCGACAGACUGGAUCUUAAGGAUAGAGGAUAUCACAGCUUUUGUGAGGGAGCAGGCCGCACUCUUGGGAGAAGGGGCAACCUCAUUUGAUAAACUUCUAGUUGCUCGGGAGAGGGUUUAUGAAGUCCCUGUCAAAUCUACAGCUGAACUUAUUGGAGUUGAUCUCGUGGGCUGAAAAAGUAAUUAGGAGCCAUAAUUUGGAUAAUUAACAUCUUCUAAAUCAGUGGGCCCCGAAACAAAAUUAAGAUUGGUCUGAGGCUCUGAUCCAGCCGCAGACUUUAAGGGUAUCCUUGUAACCUUGUUCAUCCAAAAGAUUUAGAAAAAGCCUGGUUCCCCCGCCUCAAUCAGGCAUGAGAGUUUUCAGACUUUGGUCUACAAAUCAGACUUUUUCAAUCUGAGAGAAAGACCAUUAUCAGUACACACAGAUAUGCAUCUUUCAGACAUUUCAUCAAUUUUCAGACUUUUUAAAAUUGACAGUCUCAUCCCUUUUAACCAGCUGUUCAUUUUUUAUAAAGCUUAUUUUCAUUGUUUUAAUUUUCUUUUCUUUUUUAUAAUUUUGUUUCAAAUUAUUUGUGACUGUCAUUUACACGCAUUAGAUUUUCAGUGCUUAUUUUUUAUUGUCUUAAUUUUUCCUUUCAUUUAAAUAACAGUUAUUUAUAUUUUUGUUUAUUAUUUGAAUAUUUAUGGUUUUCUUUGUUGAACGUUUGAUAUACAUUGUAUUUAUGUUGUUUUUUUGAAAUUUACUAUUUUAAUUAAUUGUGUUGGUUUUAUUUUAUUUAUUUCAUUGUUAAACCCAGUGCAAUUUAGCCUUCGGCUGCUAAAUGAUGAAAAUACAACAGAAUAAUAAUUAUUAUUAUUUGGUUGAAUUGGGGGUUGAAAAUUGACCGGAUAAGAUUGAAUGGCAAAAACUCAUUAAUUUAAUAUCUGUCCACAUGAGAAGCAAUGCUGGGGGGGGGGGGGGGCAGGAACAUUGUCGGAAAAAUUCCACCAAAUGCCCUUAAAUUACUCUGGAAUUCCCAAAAUGUGAUAACCCCCCCCCCCCCAAAUAGGUCUGUCAUGCAAAGGUUUGGUUAGCAAGCAGAAAAGAAAGCUGAGUAUGAUUAGCAGUGGCCAAAUGUGAGGAUGAACUGGCCACCCUCAUGCAAGACCGAAUUACUUGGAAAAGCCAUACUCGAGCCCCCUGUGGGCGACCGAGUGAGUGAGGACAAUAUUAAUGCCACUGCUCACUCGGUCAUAUGAGAUAUGGGGUUACUUGCAAUUGCAAAUGAGGCUUGCCCAUCCACCAUCCAAUUUCCACCACCCCCCCCCCUUCCCCUAUUCUCAGCUAUCCCUGGCCAUAUCUCCCAGCCCCCCCCCCCAUCCUCCAGCCCAUCAUGUUGUAACAUGUCCCACCUUCCCUACCCCCCCCCCCCCCACCCGUUCCCACCAAUGGAAUCAUUGAUAGUGUAGCAGUGUCCCUUUCUUCAAUGUUCCAUAUCCUUCCUGGAAAUUUCUUCUUUUCAAUCAUAACAACUCAUCAGUUCUUUAUUUUAUUUUCAUGUUAAUAUUUUUUUUAUAUUAGACAUUGAAAUAAUGUUUUGCAAAAUUUGUUUGAGAUAUUUUUCCACAUAUUAGGUCAAUUUUAUGUUUUAAAAUGGUUAUUUUUAUACUUGUUAAAAAGCAACCAGUUUCACACACAACCAUAUGAACAAAAAGGGACAAUUAUUGAAAUAAAAGUAGAUUCAAUUUAAUAGAGAAUUUCAUAUGUAAUAUAUACUGUAGUACAUAAAAUAUAUAGUACAGAGCACAGUGAAAUACACAUAAGAAGUAAAAUUUGUCAAUCAAUAAAU